UGUUUCUCUUUGGCCCGUGCUAUUUGCUGACCUGGCGCUAUUCCUCUCUCCUCUAUGAUUUGCUGCUUGUAUGAUAUAUUUGCAAAAGGAAAUGAUUUUUCAAACUUUUACAAGAUUUCUUCUCUGUUUUCUUGUUUCAACAGUGGGUUUUUAACUUUGAAAACAUGUUCUUUUCUUUCUUGCCCUGUGUCUUUGUGUGACUGGACAUUCUUUGGGCUGAUUUGCUUGUGGAGUUUGCAGAGUUCUUGGACUUUUGUUCGGGUGCAGAUUCUGAUAGAGGGUUGACUUUUGGGUUGUUUUCUUGAAGGGUUGUUGGAGUUGAUCAAGAUUUUGUUCGCUGUCCAUCAACUUUUUAGUGCUGUUGGGGGGGACCCUUUUUUUGAAUUUGGUUCUUUGAUGAUUUCUUGGGUUUCUGGAGAACCCUUUUGUCUGCUUGUACCCCCUCUCUUAUGAUUUAGGGUUUUUGAAUGAGUUAUUAUUAGGCUCAAGCUACAAUUUCCAGUGAUACAUUCAUUAUUCAGAAGCAUAAAUUUCAGGUAAGAGCUGGAGAUAAAGUGGGUGAGACAUUAUGGUUGCAAAAGAUUAUAAUAAAACCAAAGGAUCGGCUAAAGCGGAGGUGGGAGAAAUCGACACCAGUGCACCAUUUCAAUCUGUCAAAGAUGCUGUCAGUUUAUUUGGUGAAGGUGCUUUUUCAGGGGAAAAGCCUGCCAUUAGGAAGACAAAACCACAGUCUGCAGAAAGAGUGCUGGCGAAAGAAAUGCAGCUUCACUUGGCUCAGAGAGAGUUGAAUAAGUUGAAGGAACAAUUAAAUAAUGCUGAGACUACUAAAGCUCAGGCUCUGUUAGAGCUUGAUAGAGCUAAAAGAACUGUUGAGGAUUUAACUCAGAAGCUGAAAAGUAUUAACGAGUCAAAGGAUUCAGCAAUUAGAGCCACUGAAGCCGCUAAGCACCAGACAAAGCAAUUUGCAGAAGCCAACAAUUCCAAUUCUACAGGAUCUGAAGGAUCUGCAAAUGUGGAUCGUGAAACUGGGAGGGCUGAGUAUGUGGCUGCAGUCUCUGAACUUGAUGCAGUGAAGCAGGAGCUAAGAAAAAUUCGUCAGGAGUAUGACUCGUCAAUGGAAGCAAAAGUCAGUGCCGCCAAGCAAGCAGCUGAAGCUGAGAAGGCUACCAAAGCAAACAUUGAAAAAGUGGGUGAGUUAUCCAAGGAAAUUGUUGGCGUACAGGACUCAAUUCAGCAAGUGAAGCUUGCGAUUGCACGUACAAAGGAAGAAGAAGCAAUGAUCUGUGCUGACAAGGAUAAACAGAAGCUGUCAUAUAAAACCAGACUUGAAGAAUUAGCACAGAAAUUACUUGCAUUGAAGAAAGAUAUUGAUCCUGACCUAGUGAAGAAUCUGGAGACUCAGCUGGGUGGAACAUUAUCAGAGAUAGAAGCUCUACGAAAUGAGAUGGAGAAAGCAAGGGCCGCUGAUCUUGAUUCUGUUAAGACUGUUGCAUCAGAGUUGGAUAGUGCUAAAGAGUCACUACAUAAGGUAACUGAAGAGGAGAAUUCGCUAAGAAGCCUGGUAGAGACCCUCAAGGUAGAACUGGAUAAAUUGAAAACAGAGCAUUCUGAAUUGAAGGAGAAGGAAGCGGAAACAGAAUCCAUGGCCGGUGAUUUGCAUUUGAAGCUCAGGAAAGCUAAGUCUGAGCUUGAAGAAGCACUUGUAGGAGAAGCCAAAGCAAGAGGUGUCUCUGAUGAAAUGGUUGCUACAAUCCACCAGCUAGUCUUGGAGAGUGAAAAUGCGAAACAUGAAUCUGAAGAGGUGAAGCAGCAAGCUGAAGUGCUUAGGAGAGAAGCAGAAGCUACCAGAAUUGAGCUGGAAGAAGCAGAAAAGAAACUAAAAGUUGCUAUAAGUGAAGCUGAGGAAGCAAAGGCAGCUGAGGCUAGAGCCCUUGACCAAAUUAAGAUGUUGUCUGAGAAAACUGAUGCUGCACGUGCCUCAACUUCAGAGCCUGGUGCCCAGAUUACAAUAUCAAAGGACGAGUUUGAAUCACUGAGCCGAAAGGUUGAGGAAUCUGAAAAACUAGCAGAAAUGAAAGUAGCAGCUGCAAUGGCUCAGGUAGAAGCUGUGAAAGCCAGUGAGAAUGAGGCCCUCAAGAGAUUGGAGGCUACACUGAAGGAGAUUGAGGACAUGAAAGCUGCAACUCAGGAGGCAUUGAAGAAAGCUGAGAUGUCAGAAGCAGCCAAGAAGGCAGUCGAGGGAGAACUAAGAAGAUGGCGUGAACGGGAACAAAAGAAGGCAGUAGAAGCAGCUUCUCGAAUUCUUUCAGAUUCUGGGAAGUCGUUUGAAUCAUCUCCUCGUAAUUACCAGAUUCAAAGGCAGAAGCCCCAACAGGCUGAGACAUCAUUUGAAUCAUCUCCUCACAAUUACCAAAUCCCAAAGCAGAUUCCCCAAGAGACGAAGGUAAUGGAAACACGAAAGCUAGAAAAAGCCAAGACAUCUGUAGCCAAGAAAGUACUAAUGCCUAGUCUGAGCAAUGUGUUCCACAAGAAGAAAAACCAAGUCGAGGGCAGUUCUCCCUUCUCGCCUGGUGAAAAGCCUUCUUGGUGAAUGCGAUCGCCAAGUUUUUGUGCAGUAUCCCAAUGGUAGAGAAAAACUUGAUUUGGCUCUUUGUGUAUAUUUGCAACCAACCGAUCUUCACUGUCUUUGUUUUCUUUCUUCGACUCUUUUGUGCGCAGUCAGGAAAUACCAACUGCUUAAUAAACCUUGUUAAUUAUUUUGAAAAUUCACCUUGUGAAUGUGUUUUAGUGGAUUCAUUCUGUAAAUCCCUGCUAGUACAAAAUUCAAGUGCUACAGGUUAGACUAUGAAGAUACUCACUCUGUAAUAUUGCCUUUUUGCUUC